AUCAUGCCUUCCGUUUCACCUCUCGACAUCCCGAUCAUCGUUGACGCCAUUUGCGACAACCUUGACCUCAAUGACAUUGUCAGCUGCAAGGGAGUCUGCAAGGACUGGAACAACGUCUUUGCACCCUACGAAUGGCGAUCUCUCCAUCUUACGAACCACAACUAUAAUCAAAUCCGCCCAGGCCCAUCACCCGAGACACGUUCCUUGAUAAUCAAGCAUGCACAUCGCCUUGAGUCGCUGACGAUCUACCAAGACGAUGUUGCCUGGUUGCCCGACAUUUCUUCCUGCGUCAAUAUCAAACGGCUUUCAUAUGAAGGAGGCGGGUUUGAAUUCCAUGAGAGCUUGGACGAGUUUCACCAAGAAUUCCGUAACCAAUUAGCUCUAUUGGCGACAAGGCAGAAUCCGAAGGAACAGAGUUGCCUUGAAGUCGACGCCCCCAAAGUUGGCAUCAUAUUCUCUCCUUUGACGCUCUUCUCGGCACUUCAAGGGCUCUCGAACUUGACCGAGCUAAGGCUCUGCUUUGGAAUCCAAUGGGUGAGCUUUGGAGAUCAGUCACCAGACUUGGGCGUAAAGUUUGAUCCAGCGGUACUUGCUUUGGCAAUGGCGAAUUGCCCGUCGAGUCUGGAAUCGUUCCAUAUCGAGGACUGUUUUGAAGACGAGAUAGAUACGGGCCCGCGUGCUCCUCCUCGGAUCGACUCCUCUACUCUCGUUCUGCCAUGGAAGCCUUUACCGAACCUCCGCAAGUUCCAUUAUGGGCCCAAGCUUGACUACAGUUGCAACUACAAUACCAAAGAUAUGAUCGACGCUACCUUGAUCCCGUUCCUGAGGCACUGCUGUCCAGUCCUUGAGGAUCUAUCCCUACCAGAUUUCCCCGAAGAUUCCGCCGAGUUGUUGAUGAGGACCAUAGGACAGCACUGUCCCGGAGUGCGAUAUUUGCGAUUGAAUAACGACGGCACGCCGGGAGAACCGCGCGGAUACGAGGUCUAUCACUUUGAUCAUAUCUCCCAACCUUUGAAGUUCCUCAAGAUCGAUCUUCAAUACGAGCACGACACUAAAGUCCUUUUGACGCUCAUGAGAAACGGACCGGAUGCGUUGGAGGCACUGGAGUUCAAGCACACAGGCGACUAUUUUGGGCACGAAUAUAUUCCGCCCGCUAGGUCGUUCCCGAACCUGGCAAAAGUUGAUUUCACUGGCUCCUACAGAAACUCUGCUGACACAUUGUAUACCUGGAUAAGGCCGGCUGAGAUCAGUCAUUACGACGAUGACGAAAGACGUCGUUACUCCGUAAAAUCAACAUCUGGUUUUUACAAGAUUCCUGAUCCAAUAAUUUUGAUAUGAAGCAUAUGUAGAGCUGUCGGCGAGAAGUAUGUGGAACGAUAAGUCUGUGAAAAACGAUAUGCCCUUUUAAUAGUGGCAGAUCGUGCCUUAUAUACUAGGGAAUAGCUAUAAAUGCAUCUAGUAUAGGGGAUUAGGAAUAUAGGAGAAAGUCUCAGAGGCACUAUGCGCUUCAU